ACAUAUGUGUGGCAAAAAAACUUGUUCGCAGCAGAUAAGUUUCAACCAUUUUUUUUUAACCUUGGCUGUCUUUAAGCAGAGUUGCUCUACACAUGAUUAAAUAUUCAGUGCGCCUCUGAUGCUUUAAAUGUGAAGCAAGUGCCUUGCCUGGAGUGCAAAAAUUGUUGUAAAGCGUUUAGCCAAAAUGCUGAGGAUCGGCGUUUUUCUCUUCGGCAUUGUUGCGACGAUAACUGCAAAAUCGUUGUUUUUGGACCACAAACGCUCAAUAUCCCUAGCGACGAAAGCUCUGACCCAGGAGGUGUAGAUCCUUUAUUUUGUGAAAAAGAGUGCCAGAAUGUAGGGGUAUGUAUUGGACCAAACAAAUGUUACUGCAAAGAUUCCAGAUACCAAGGAGGCCAGUGUGAAAUCGUAAUCAAUUUUUGCGACGAUUUUGAUUUAGGAGAAAAUGUUCAGGAAUCGUCUUGCGUUUCUGGGUAAACCAUGUAUUGUUGUUUCAAUUAGUAAAGACGGUCGCCCAAUGUAAAAUAACUGCGACUUUUUGCAAGAGAAUAAGCUGCGUGUACAUGUAAAUAAUGAAAACAAUGCCUUUCGAGUUUGGAUUUUGAGACCCACGUACACGCGUACGUAAAGUGUAUUAUUAAUGAAAACCUCCCCGGCCCCCUCCCAACACUCUUCAAUUAAUAAAUUAUAAUUGCUAGGAGAUGUAUUUUUGGUUGCAAGCCUGGUCAUGUAUUUCCAAACAGCCUGAACACGAGCAAAUUUUAUUGCAUGGAAAAUAUAUGGCAAGGGGUGGACAUCACUGAUCACGAAUGGAAAAUCGUUCCGGGUUGUCAGAGGCGACAAAAAGAUGAUUUACCCUCCACAAUAAAUGAGGAAGUGAGCUUUGAUGAUUGGUGGAAUACGUGGAGGAAGGAGGCACCUGUAUUUACUACACCCGUCUUCAAUACCAGCGAUGGUGAGAACUUGAGCUUCAAAGAAUGCGGAAUAUGGGAAAAUGACAAAGACAGACCUAUGUAUCAAUACUAUGUAUUCAUCUCCGACGCCUGCACUGGUUUGAUUUUGUCUGAGCGGACUAUCAUCACAAGGCCAGUUGACGCAAAUUAUGGUCGCUGCAAUGAGGUGCACAAGGAAUUCGUGGUCAGGAGGGAUGAAAGGAAUGAAGAAAUGGCCAUCAACGUUUACGGCGGCGAAUGCGCGGACAAGGGAAACAUCGGAACGUGCCGAGCAGGAAAAGGUUUGCUCAGCCAAAAGGUGCGCGACGUCAAGAGGUUGAGAAUGAGUAAGAAAAAUUUUCAAACCCAAUAUUUCGUGCUCAUGUGGUUGGUGGACAAAAUGAUUUUCACACCGAGCUUGCGACCCGUCUGUUUAUGGAACGGCGACAACCAAAAUGAUAGGGCACAAGAAUUUUAUGUACUGGAUGGUUCAAGCAUGACAUUGAGACAAACUGUUGUACUGCCCAUGAAGCAAUGUUAUAAAAAUAUUAAAAUAGGGCUACUUGACCCCUACAGGAACGCAAACGCAAUGUGCACGACAAUUAGCGGUGACUUUGGUUAUAUUGAUUACUUGUUCAUUAAAAAAGGCGGACGUGUCUAUUUAAGAGCCUCUUUAGAAAACAUAUUUUUGGACGAAUAUACAGAUUUAUUCACGUGGUUCGACUUGCUCCCUUCCAUGAGGCGGAUCGUCCACGAGUCGGCGGACUUGGCCAUGAUGCCGCAAAUUUCCAAUUUGAAAAAGAGAAUAGAUUUCGGAGCGGAGCAAAGUUUUGAAAAUUGCGGGCGCCAUCCGAGGCGAAAUAAGCAAAAGAGGGAUGACAAGGAUCCAAGUGCGCGUGGAGGAUUCAUUGUGGGAGGCCGAAAUUCGGCCAAAGGGCGACACCCUUGGCACGGGAAUCUGCUCGAGAUCGAUCCGGACACAGGCUUGGCUUCCAAUAUUUGCGGAGCGACACUCAUUUCCAAGACAACUCUGGUUACUGCGGGGCAUUGUCUGCUCAAAAAUGACGCGAAUCAACGUGAUGCCUCUGCAUUGGUCGUUGUGCUUGGGAUGCAUAACGUGCCCGAUUUUGACGAAAGUUCAAGACAGGAAAUCUGGGUUUCGAGUUUUUUAGUUCACCCGGGCUAUAAUCCCAGCAACUUCAAAAACGACAUUGCUCUAAUUAUUUUGGAAGUUGAGGUUAAUUUCACUGAGUACGUGCAACCGAUAUGUCUGUGGAACUCGGACUACGAUUUGAACAAAAUCGCCAACAGGACCGGCACGGUGGUCGGAUGGGGCUUAACGUCGGAUCACUCUUUGGCAAACGUUCUGCAGGAGGCGGAAAUCAAAGUGGUUUCCUACGAGGAAUGCUACGAAAGCAAGCGGCUUUUCUUCUCCGUCAAUCUGCAUCCGAGGGAAAACUUUUGCGCUGGAUUUCCUCAAAACCGAAGCGGCGCGUGCAAAGGGGACAGCGGCGGUGGAUUUUCCAUGUUCGACCGCGACACCCAACGUCACUUUUUGCGCGGCGUCGUCAGUCUGGGUCGCGUCAGGAAAGUGACCAAGGACAAGGAAGAAUUGCUGACGUGCGACCCCAAUUUUUACGCCCUCUUCACCGACGUCGCCAACUACAUGCGGUGGAUCGUCACAAACAGCCCCGAACUCAAUUUUCCAGCAAAGCCGAAACCGCGCCAGGCGAAACCGAAAGUCGAAUUUGUUGAAAACUCUCGGCGCAAUUCUUUGGAUUUUUCCUUUUUCCUCCCAUUUUUUCGUGUUGCUGCUGCACUUUUCAUCGGUUCAUUCAGCACAAUUUUUUUCGUAGUACCCCUUUUAAAUAUUCUUAUUAAUUGUAAGUAAUUUUUUAAACAAGAUACCAUACAAUUUUUAGUAUACUUUUAAUUUUUAAAUUUAAUUAAGGUGCUUUUUGAAUAAAACAAAUUAAUAUGGAAUAUGAUAAAAGACGUCGAUUUUAUUUCCUGAAAGGGAAAAACGAAAAACUGUGACUAUUCGUAAAGAAAAAUUUACGUAAAUUGUGCUCAAUUUCAUUGGUCAUUAUUUAUUAUGCAAAUGAACAUAAUUAGUUGUUCAAUUUUAGGAAAGUACUGGUCUGCAAUUUUAAUUAUUGAAUUAAAAUUGAAAAUUCUACACUGUAUAUUAAAUUUAAAAGUGUUUUUUUCUGUAUUUCACCAAAAUUAGUAUAAUAAAUUGAUAUAUUUUCUAAAUCUGAGAGCUAGAAAUUGCCAUUCUUCAAAUUUUAUAAAAAGAAAUCCCAAUAGGAAAUA